CGCUCAACUGCUGAGCCAUGCCCAGCCGGGCCCCAGAGAUUAUUCAGAUUUUUUUUUAUUUUCUAGCCAUUCCUGCUCUUUUCAGAACUGCGGCACUGCACUGAGUUUGGCCAUGUUAUUGAGCCUUGGGUUUCCAGAAAGUCUUACAGUUGUAUGGAGAGCCACCAAAUAAGGACACAGAGCCUGUCUGUGGACAAGAUCUGUAACUGCACUUUGUGCACAGCUUCUGUAUGAUUGUCCAUAGGGAAUAUGCCUGUGUGCAGAACCCAUAAUGGUUGGAGGACCUGUGUGUGCAGACCUUGUGGUUGUUUGCAUCCUUUUAUGUGCACUCUACUAAUGUUUACAAAGUCUGAAGCUAUUUCUCCCCUAUGGCACAGGUGAGGGUUCUGCAGAAAACCAUGGCUCUCUUACCUGCUAGCAGCACAGCAGCUACAAACAACUCGGACACUCGCACAGCAGGCUGCCUCCUUGUUGGCAUCCCUGGACUGGAGCAUCUACACACCUGGCUCUCCAUCCCCUUCUUUACCAUGUAUGUGGCCGCCCUGGCAGGCAACGGCAUUUUAAUUUGUGUCAUUCUCUCCCGGCCAAGCCUGCAUGAGCCCAUGUACAUAUUCCUGUCCAUGCUGGCCGGUGCUGAUGUCAUGCUCGCCACUGCCACCAUGCCCAAAGUGCUGGCCAACUUCUGGCUGGGUUCCAGCCACAUUUCUUUUGAUGGCUGCCUCACCCAGAUGUUCUUCAUCCACUUCCUCUUUGUGGCCGACUCUGCAGUCCUGUUGGCCAUGGCCUUUGACCGCUAUGUGGCCAUCUGCUCCCCGCUGCGAUAUGCCACCAUCCUCACAGGCCCGGUCAUUGGGAAGAUCGCCGCCGCCGCCCUGACCCGCAGCUUCAUCAUCAUGUUUCCGGCCGUCUUUCUCCUUAAGCGCCUGCACUACUGCCGGGUCAACAUCAUCGCGCACACAUUCUGCGAGCACAUGGGCAUCGCCCGUCUGUCCUGUUCUGAUAUCUCCGUCAAUGUCUGGUAUGGGUUGGCAGCCGCUCUCCUCUCCACUGGCCUGGACGUCACCCUUAUUGCUGUUUCCUACACCCACAUCCUCCAAGCCGUCUUCCACCUCCCUUCUCGGGAGGCCAGGUCCAAGGCCCUGAGCACUUGUGGCUCCCAUGUGUGUGUCAUCCUGCUCUUCUACAUCCCUGCCCUCUUUUCUGUCUUUGCCUACAGGUUUGGUGGGAGGCGCAUCCCACGCUAUGUCCACAUUCUCCUGGCCAAUCUCUAUGUGGUCAUCCCACCAAUGCUCAAUCCUAUUAUUUAUGGGGUGAGGACCAGGCCGAUUUUGGAAGGGGCUAAACAGAUGUUUUCAAAUCUUGUCAAGGAAUUUAACUAAAGGCUCCUGACUUGAGCUCAUCUUAAUCACUUUUCCU